AAUUUGAGUUCACCUCUCUCUCUGUCUCUCUUACUCUCAUUCUCAGUCUAUUUCUCUCCAGCUGCGGCCUGCCCCCUGAUUUUGUUGUUGUUCUGCAGUUUAGCAGGUCGAGGGUUUUGGACUCUCUCUGCGCGAAGACGAAGCAGAUCCGCACAAGGUCUGCUUGCGAGGUCUGAUUGCCAGGUCUGGUUCCCUUUAAAUCUUGACAGACGCCGUUUUAUGUGGGGAAAAGAAUGGGAGGAAUGGGCUCUGAAGCCAUGCAAGCUGCUAAGGUGUAUCGCCACCUUCUCAAAGCUGUGGACAAACACAUCGGUAAGGAAGAACACAAAAGACACUUCAGAGAUUUCAUAACUCAAGAGUUCCGGAAGAGCUCUGAAUUGUCAGAUCCAUUGGCUGCUCAACAAAAAAUAAAGCUUGCUCAUAAUUACACAUAUCUGCUCAACAGUGUGCACCAUCAAAUGGACUUGCUAUUCUCGUACAAUAUUGCUGUGGAUAGAUCAGAUGAAAUGAAAAGAAUACUGGGGAAAUCUGCUGCAAGUGUUGGUCUUCAACUUCCUGAUAUCUAUCAACCUUAAUGGUUGCCAUGGUUUCAUGGCCUUCAGGUGCUUUUAGUUAAGAAUCGUCUCUCCAAUGUAUUUUGUUUUGAAUUCAUGUGGAGUAGUUAUAAAUUUUUUUUGUUGUACAUCUUCAUUUGAUGUUGAGGCUUAUACUGAACAUUGGUCUACCGGAGCAGAGAAUAAAAUAUGCAAAUUACCCAACUACCCAUGCAAAGAGACAUUCUUAUGUUAUGUGCAUUGGCUUCUGACUAUAUUUUUGAUGUAAUAUUGUCGCAUUAAUUAUUCAUUUUGACUC